GCUGAUGUCGGUCAGGUGUUGACUGGCGGCCCGUUGUUUGCGUAAACACUCGGUUCGGUGUUUUUUUGUGAUCUGGGCGCCGCCAUGAGCAGCAGUGUGACGGAGACGGCAAAACAAUUCUGCAGGGAGAGUUCUUCCACCCAUUCCGUCAAUGGACACACAUCACUCCCUACGGAAAUGCUGUCAGGGUUAGCAACAUCUGAAGCCUCAGUCGCAGCACUCCCUUCCAGCUCUGAGUUCCCCACAUUUGGGACAAAAUGAUGUUCCCAUAGUAUUGGUGUCUGUCCAUUGACAUUUCACCUUGUUUGAAACAAAUGACACCAGAACAAAAGGACAGCUGUGAUUAGAGGAUCUACUCUCGUUGAUUGAACCAGACAUGCAGCAUCUGCCAGUAAAUAAAAGUGACAUUCUUCCACAGCAAGAGUGGAACCAGGACGACUUGAUGCAACCAUGCAUUAAAGAGGAACAAGAGAAAGUCUGGACAAGUCAGGAAGAACAGUCGCUUUACCAUGUGGAGGAGGCUGACAUCACCAAAUUCACUUUCUGUGCUGUCUCUGUGAAGAAUGAAAAUGAAGAUGAAAAACCACAGUCAUCACAAUUUCAUCAAAGCCAAACCAAUACGAGCACAGCAGUAGAGCAUGUAGCCAGCAGCUCAGCUGAACACAGCACACUAAAAACAGAAGCUGAAGAGGACUGUAGGGAAUCACAAGCAGCCAGCAACUCUGGUUCUUUACAACCAGAUACUGAUGGCAGGACUUCAUACUGUUCUGAAACUGAGACUGAUGACAGUUAUGAAUGGAAGCAGAACAAAGAAACUCCGUCAGGUUUAAUCUGUCUAAAAAAAUUUGCAGCAGCUGGAAGUGAUAAAUGUAGCAUCACCAAGAAGCACUUUAACUACUCUAAUUGUGGGGAAACAUUUGGUCACGUGAACUGUUUGAAGCAGCACACGAAAACCAGAGGAAGUGAGAAACUGUUUAACUGCUCUGAGUGUGGUAAAUUAUUUGGACAGAAGGGUCAUUUGAACACCCAUGUGAGAAUUCAUACAGGAGAAAAACCAUUUGACUGCUCUGAGUGUGGUAAAAGAUUUAGAGAAAUGGGCAAUCUGAAUAAACACAUGAGAAUUCAUACAGGAGAAAAACCAUUUGGCUGCUCCGAGUGUGAUAAAAAAUUUAGACAAAAGGGUAGUCUGAGCAACCACAUGAGAAUUCAUGCAGGAGAGAAACAGUUUUGCUGUUCUGAGUGUGGUCAAAGAUUUAGACAAAAAGCCAGUCUAAACAGACACAUGCGGAUUCAUACGGGGGAAAAACCAUUUUGUUGCUCUGAGUGUGAUAAAACAUUUAGACAAAUUGGUAAUCUGAAGAAACACAUGAGAAUUCAUACAGGAGAGAAGCCAUUUGUCUGCUCUGAGUGUGGUAAAAGAUUUAGAAAAAUAAGCAAACUGAAUAAACAUAUGAGAAGUCACGCAGGAGAGAAACCAUUUUGCUGUUGUGACUGUGGUAAAAGAUUUAGACAAAAGGGCAGUUUGAGCAGACAUAUGAGAAUUCACACAGGAGAGAAACCGUUUGACUGUUGUGAGUGUGGUAAAAGAUUUAGGCAAAGGGGCACUCUGAACAGACAUAUGAGAUUUCAUAAAGGAAGGAAAACAUUUGAUUGUUCUGAGUCUGGUAAAAGAUUGAGAGCCAGACUGAACAAGCACUGAAGAAUUGAUACAGAAGCAAGAAAACAAGUAGCUAAUAGACCUACAUAUCAACACGUUUUGUUGCCUUUUAAAGAUGUGACUUCAAGUCAGGUCAGUAAGUGGUCCAGUCCAUUGUACACAACUGUAAAUCAUUGUUCAGCCCCCCCCCCCCCCCCCCCCCCCAUUCAUCAAUCUUAAAAUGGAUCACAUUUUCUUAAUGUUGCUAGAGUUCAUAUUUUCAACACCAAUUCCACAAGAGACCUUAAACUCUCAUUAAAAAUGCACAAAAUUUCUGAGUGCAACAUCAUGCUGCUUCUGUGGCCUUUAAACUGUAUUCUUGGGUGUAUCCAGAGGUGAGUAUUGGUAAUUACACUGAGACAGAUUAUAUUGGUGCUAAAUUAAUGAUUACUUUUGAAUGAAAACAUUUAAAUUCAAAUAAAGUAUUAUGUAUAAUCAUCUUAGCCUUGUACAAAUAAUUUUUUUUUAAUAUAUAAUCACAUUAAUUAACUGAAUGAAAUGAGUGUCAUUAUUAAGAACAUUAUGAAUGUAUGCAUUAUGUAUGUAUGUAAGGAUUCAAAAUUCCUGAAAGAGUUGUUAUACACCUUUUCAGAAAGGUGUUUGUCACCAAGGGUUAUAAAAAUGGACAUUAA